AUGCAGAAUACCAAUAUUAGAGGUUUCUCGAGACGAGGAGCCUGCAGGCAGCGAGAUAAGCCAGCAGCGAUGGUUUCCGCCUUCUUCUUUGAUAAGGGCGUUGUGCCUAAUGGCCAGCGCCGCGUAGUUUUCCAGGACGACGCGUGCGUCGGCAGUGGCGCCACAGCCACCGUCAUGAGAGCCCCCCUGCCACCCUCACUCCGACCACUUGGCACCCACGCCAGCAGCAGCAGCAGCAGGAUCAGCAGCGGUGAUGCCGCAUACAAGCUGGUUUGUGAGGGGGAGGGCAGCGAGAGGCAGGGCAUCCGGCGCACGGAGGUUGCCGCCGAGAAGGAGAGAAUGCGGAUGCUGGGAGGGCGCCCGCCCUUCCUGCCGCUCCACGUAGCGGGCAAAGGCACCUUCGUGCGGGGCACGACGCGGGAGACGAGGACCUGCUUAGUAAUGCCCACCUUGAAGGGUACAGACACACACACACACACACACACACACAGAGAGAGAGAGAGAGAGAUCAAUCCAUCCAUCCACCCACACCUAUAACGUUUGUCGUGUCUGUCUGUGUCUGUGUGUUGCACCAGAGCCGGAGUGGGUAGUUCAGUCGCCUGUGCCGCCUCAAGUGGUCCAGUGUCAGCGAGCGGGAGGGCAGCUACCACCUCAGCAGCAUCACCGCCCGAUACCGCCGCACCAAGGACGCCAGGCAGCUGCUCGGCGACUUGACUGUGGUGACCAAGGCGGUCGCGCAGAUGGCCACAGCGCACGACUACGCGCUGGAGGAGGGGGUGGUGUGCGUGGACGCCUUUGCCAACAACGUCAUGUUGGAGAGGUCGUGGCUGUGCCCGGAUCCCUCAGUUCCCCUCCCCGAGGCAUGCCAGGGCGUGCGCAUGAUAGACCUGGCCAACAGCGUCUGCACACCACCCACCGACACGGCGUCCCCCCCCACCCCACCACCGCUCAUCGGCCGCCGUGGCGCCCGUGUGCCCAUGACGAAGGACGAUCUCAAGAGGCUGCGGCAGAUCCCCACCGGCACCAGGUGGCUGUGCUCGCCGGAGCACAUGCUCCUCAACGGCGGCACCAAGCCGUCCGCCGCCACCCCUGACGCCGUCAGUGAGCCAAUCAAGGAGGCCAUAGAAGACCUGUCGUGUGAGCUGCAAUUGGCGGGGGCGUUAGUGAGGGAGGGGCUGUGGGUUGGCGAGCCUGCAGUGGUUUGGAGUUUGUGCAUGAUGAUAGAGCUGCUGCUGAGGGCGGGCCGUUCGAUGAUGGAGGGCGUGAUGGAGUUCUUCGGCAUCGACGACUCCACCGUCCCACUGCAGGACCAGGAGCUGCUGAUGGUCAUGCAGUGGGACAAGUUUUGGGAGCUCGUCGUGGACGACGACGGCCGCCCUCUCGUCGCUGGGGAGCCCGACACGCCUGACGGCCAGCCGGUGUGCCCGCUCGACGGCCUGGGGGAGGGGGAGGGCCUCCCGUGGGUGGACGACUGGGUCGACAUCAUCGCCGGCAUCGCAGCCAAAGGUCUCGUCACCAAACAGCAGCAGCGCGGCACCGUGGCGGACAUCAAGGGCGCUCUCAGCCGCGACCUCGACCUCCUAAGCGAGGUGCAGAAGGCCAUGGACGAGGAGCUCCACGCCGGCGCUGCUGCAGAGGGCCGUGAGGCGGCUGAGGAGGAGCGUGACGAGGAGGAUAUGGCCAGCAUGCCGAGGAGAGCGAGGGCCACGAGCACCUCCAGCAGCAGCAGAGCCAGGGGGGAGACCAGUUGGAGGGACACGAGGGGGACGAGAGGGUCACGCUGCAGCAGCCGCCACUAGCACAGCCAGUGAUUAGUUCUGAGGUUGUCGAAGGUAUGUCAGUUGGACAGGCACAGGCAGACAAUAGACACAUGGGGCGUGCAGACAUCUGCCUCAUUGUCAUCUCUCUGUCUCUCUUUCUGUGUAUGUAUGUGCGCGCGAUCAGCAGUC